AAAGUGUAGUGUAUUUUAUCAUGCCCACCAACUAAUAAUCACCUCAACCGCAGGUGAAAUCUCUUCUCCAGGGUGACUGUGAGGGCGGAGGUCCGCGAAACCGGGCGACGCCGGCAGCCCGGCUGACGUGCGGGCCAGGUAGGCAGGUCUGUUCCCAGUCGCCUGGGUGGAGCGAGCACCCACCCUGCGUGCGGACACAGAAAGGACCGAGCCGCCUCCCUUCGCCUUGUCCCCACCCAGUGCGGAGCAACUCGGUACCUGGUCAGUUAGCAGAAUACGCGUUUCGUGCUCUGGUGCGAUCAAAAGCGAGUUGAUUUAUAUAUAUUUUUUGCCUUAUUGUUUUGCAAACUAGAAAAAAAUUGAUUUAUAUAUUUUUUUAAAAAUGGUCCCAGGGGCGCGUUUCUUCGUCUGGUUCUCUUUCACGGUGGUUGCUGUGUCUGAGGAUUAUUGCCUUCCAGCUACCCUACAUGCAACAGUGCCCGAGGAAAUAAAGAUGGGAUAUAUCGUCUCUAAAGUUGACUUGGGGCGGUGUGUUAACAAGGAGCUGCGCUUGACGACGAGCGACCCGGACUUCGCGGUUCAGGCGGACGGGACCAUAAGCGCUCUUCAGAACACCAGGAUCCCCUCCGAAGGGAGGGCCUUCCUGAUCCGGGUGGAGGGCCAGGAACCGGGACAGAAGGGGAAGGUGUACGUCACACUGUCUGCGGAACCCAAGGAGGUACCCAGCAACAAAACCCUAAGGCGCACUAAAAGACGAUGGAGUCCCCUGCCCUUCAACAUAAAAGAAAACGAGAUGCCUCCAUUCCCAAAAAACAUUGAAAUGAUUGGAUCCGAUAGCGCCCAGGAUAAUAAUGUUUACUACAGGAUCUUUGGGCCUGGAGUGGAUCAGGCACCUGUCGGUUUGUUCAGUGUGGAGUCGAACGGACUUCUAAAGGUGCACAGGUCUGUGGACCGGGAGGAAAAAGCCGAGUAUGUUUUUACAGCACGGGUAUUUAGUAUAAGCACUCAUCAGGAAACGGAUCAGCCACUUCCUGUCACUGUAAAAGUUGAGGAUGUCAAUGACAACGCACCUGUGUUUGCUGGCCCGCUUACAUAUUCGAUUCUUGAGCAUUGCUCUUCUGGAACUUCAGUGGGAAGAGCAAAUGCUACUGACAGAGAUGAGCCGAACACACUUCACACCAAGUUAAGAUACAGACUCCUUUCUGGGGGCGACCUGUUUGCCAUCGACCCCUCAGGCGGACUCCUCUCCACCAGGUCCAGUUCCCUCGACAGAGAGGUGAAAGACAAAUAUGAAAUCAUACUGGAGGUCCGCGAUAUGGAUGGGCAGCCGAAAAGCAUGUUCAGCACAGCAACUGCUACUGUGGUCUUGGAUGACAUAAACGACAAUCCACCGACAUUCCAGCAGGGUUCCUAUAAUGUGAAAAUUGAAGAAAAUAAGAACGAUGUUCUACUUCUUCGUAUACCGGUGGAUGACAAGGAUUUAAAGAAGACUCCCAACUGGAACGCAAAGUACAUUAUCACAAAGGGCAAUGAAAAUAGUAAUUUUAGAAUAGAAACAGACCCUGAAACAAAUGAGGGACUUUUAUAUGUUUCAAAGGCUCUGGAUUAUGAGAAAACCCCUAAUCUGAAGUUGGAGGUGUCAGCUCAAAAUGAAGCCAAACUCGUUGGCACUACGGCCCCCUGGGCAUCCAUUCCUGUAGACGUCACUGUAAUCAACGUGGAUGAGGGUCCCGAGUUCUCGUCUCCAAACUUGUUCCUCAGAAUUAAAGAGAACCUGCCCAAUGGUACACUUAUUGGGAGGUACACAGCCACUGACCCAGAAACUAAAACGAGCAGUGGCAUAAAGUACUACAAAUUGUCGGAUCCUGCGUCAUGGAUUAAUGUCGGCGAAAGCACUGGAGAGCUCAAGGUUGCUAACGUAAUAGACCGAGAGUCAUCGUUUGUGAAGGACGACAAGUAUAACAUUACUGUGCGUGCUGUAGACCAGAGCUCCAAGUCGGCCACUGGGACUGUCAUCAUUUACAUAGACGACGUCAAUGAUAACUUUCCAGAAGUCACUUCCAAAGAUUUAAUCAUCUGCGAGCAGCCGGGGAAGCCGGGCUCUGUGAAGGUAGAAGCCCGGGACAACGAUGAGGAUCCAUUUUCCGCACCUUUUACUUUUACCUUGGCUGGAGGACAAGAUGAAAAAUGGAGGCUAAAAGACCAUGAAGAAUCCUCCGUUGUACUUGAAGCGGUACACGAGCUGCCCAGGGGAACGUACACUGUACCUUUAAUUAUCAGCGAUCUUCAGAGCGUUGGGAAUAUGCAGAGCGUGACCGUCAGGAUUUGCAAGUGUCUUGAUGGGGAGUGUCUGGCACAACAGAGCUCGGCUGCAUUCGGCACGUGGGGAAUCCUGGCCAUGCUGUCGUCUUUGGCUCUACUACUUCUCCUGUGCGUCUUUCUGGUUUUUGCAUGCGGAACGAAGAGAGAGAAGGUGUACAUUGAUGCCAGUGACGCGACCGACGGCAUGCUCCUGAAGUCCAAUACCGAGGCACCGGGCGAAGAGGUCAUGGUGGGUAGUUCCAACAUCAUGAGGACGGCUGUGAGCGGAGCCGGGCUGGAUCAGAAGGAGGUCUUCAUCAACGGCAGCGGGAAGGGAGGAACUUUGAAUUCCAACAAUUUCUCCACUAUGCAGAGUACCUACCAAGCGUCCGGGAACAUGUUUCUGAGCAGCGCUUACCCCAGCGGCGCUGGAAACUACAAUGCCUCCCAGCUCAUGCUGGAGGAGCAGUAUGGAGGCGUCCACGGUGAACUGGCCGAGCACACCAACACCUGGAGGGCCAACGGCUUGUUCAUUAGCAAGAAACUGAACUCCUUCCUGACAGAGCAGGAUGACCGCUACGCCGACGACAUCAUUCACUCCUAUCAGUUUGAAGGCAGGGGCUCGGUGGCUGGAUCUGUGGGCUGCUGCAGCGACCAGGCUGUUGACGAAGGAUACGACUUUCUCAACACACUGGGGCCGAAAUUCAGAACUCUGGCGGAGGUUUGCACUAAGAAGUGAUUGUGUUCAUAACGCAGUUUUGACAUCCGUUUCAUUGGGCUCAUUGAAAUGCUGUAAACAUUUACAGUACGGUGUAACCCCGGCGUCCUGGCCAAAUUUCCCAUCGGCCUUUAUCAAUCAUGGCCUCCU